UUCUAGGGCGCCUGUAUUUGACGUACGAAAACAUUUUGGAUUUUUAAAAAAGUUGGGCGCCUUUUCUACUGCAUCUUUUGUGAUCAAGACAUACAAGACAGAAAUAUUGAUCGAUGAAAGAAUGGAGUCUUCUGUUGCCAGUGAUGUGAAUGCAUUUAAGACGCCCUGCAAACCAGACAGGAUUAAAAGCCCUCUCUCUGAUGGCGCACCCAGUCCUAGAACCCCCAUAACCAUCCCUGCCUCCCCUUUCAUGAAGAAACUGGGAUGUGGAACUGGGGUGAAUGUUUAUCUCAUGAACAGACUUGGUACAUUUAACCAGUCUCCAUGGGCUGUCAAAAAGAUCAACAGCAAAUGUGCCUCAAAACAGGUGGGUGUAUACCAGAGAAGACUCAGUGACGAGGCAAAGAUCCUGAAAGGCCUGCACCACCCAAACAUAGUUGGAUUCCGUGCCUUCACCACUGCCAAGGACGGCUCCAAGUGCCUGGCCAUGGAGUAUGGUGGGGAGCAGUCCCUGAACGAUCUGAUAGAGAGGAGGAGAGAGGAGGGCCUGAAGGCUUUUCCAGCCGCCACCAUUGACAAAGUGGCCUUACAUGUGGCGCGUGGCCUACAGUACCUUCACAACGCGAAGAAGCUACUACAUGGCGACAUGAAGUCUUGCAAUGUUGUCAUCAAGGGAAACUUUGAGACUGUCAAAAUCUGUGAUGUGGGAGUCUCCUUGCAGUUGGAUGAGAAUAUGAAAGUGAGUAACCCCAAGGCAGAGUAUGUUGGCACUGAGCCGUGGAAGCCCAAGGAAGCUCUGGAGGGAGGAGUGAUCACAGACAAGGCAGACAUCUUUGCCUACGGACUGACCCUGUGGGAGAUGAUGACUCUGGCCAUGCCUCACCUGGAGAUUUUGGACAGUGAGGAGGAGGAGGAGGGAGAUGAUUCAAUGGAGGACGACUUUGAUGAGGAUGCCUACUAUGAGAAGUUGGGCACCCGGCCAGCGCUGGACUCUGACAGUCUUGGGGGAACCUACCAGAGAAUGGUGGAGCUCUUCUGGCUCUGCACGGAGGAGAAUCCACAGAAACGCCCCUCAGCUACCCAAAUAGUUCAGGUUCUGGAGUCCAAUAUGCAGGCGGACAACAAAAACAGUGAGGUCAUUGUCAUAGACUGACCAGUCUCAUCAAGCCAUACUGUAAUGAUUAGACCGGUGUCCAGAAACCUUGACUUUUGUAAUAUCAUUGUAUUAUUCUGUCCUGUACUCUUCUCUAGGCCUGUACUCCUUUGUCAGGUGAAACUUGUAAAUAAAAUGUUGUAUUUCAAUAUACCGUAAUUGCUGGACUAUUAAGCGCACCUGAAUAUAAGCCGUACCCACUGAAUUUUUUACAAAUAUGUAUUUUGUACAUAAAUAAAGCGCACAUGUCUAUAAGCCGCAAGUGCCUACCGGUACAUUGAAACAAAUUAACUUUACACAGCCUUUAAACGAAACACGGCUUGUAACAAAAAUAAAUAGGCUUUAACGAAACACGGCUUGUAACAAAAAUCUAAAAUAAAUAGCAGUAAACAGUAGCCUACCAAGAAAGUCAAACUUCAUUGCGGUGGCGAUUGUUUUGGCUUUCAGUCGGAUCUGCACAGUUCCAACGUCUUAUCGACUCAUUAAGGCCAAGCUCCCGUGCAGCAGCUCUAUUUCCUUUUCCAACAGCCAGAUCGAUCGCCUUCAACUUGAAAGCUGCAUCAUAUGCAUUUCUCCGUGUCUUUGCCAUGAUGAGGGUGACAAAAUGACUACCGUAAUCAGAAUGAUGGCAAGUUUGAGCGCGCUCGAUUUACGUCACAUUAUGUGACGGUGCUCAGUUUUUUGGCGGCAUGAAUCUUGUGAAAAAAAAACACAAAUUAUCCGCGUCAUUGUAUAAACCGCGAGGUUCAUAACGUGGGAAAAAGUAGCGGCUUAUAGUCCGGAAAUUACGGUACUGCUAUGAAAACAGAAGGAAUUCAAAAUUCCGAAGAAGCAUGUUUUUUCUCCAGUUGUUUAAACUAGAGUUGACUAAUACUUGAGCAUUUUAGUAGUGUCCUACAUGGUUUGUGCUGCAUAAUCUAAAAUGGAAUGUGUAGUGUAGAUGCAUUCUAUGCUGGAACAUUAAGGCUGUAAAGUGUCAUGAAUGUCAGUCAUGUGAUUAAAUAAAUUGCUCAGAUGCUCUGCCA